AUGCCUCGUCGAGAUGUCGAAUUCAAAACCUCAGACCGCCUCACUCUUCGAGGUUGGUUCUUCACCCCAAGCUCCUUCAGUGGAACGUUGCCGUGUCUGGUCAUGGCGCAUGGCUUCGCAGCCCAUAAAGAAAUGGGGCUAAGCAAGUUCGCGGAAUAUUUCACGUCCAACUUGCCCGUCGCCGUCCUCGCCUAUGACAAUCGUUGUAUCGGUGCUAGUGACGGCGAACCACGGCGCGAAAUCAUCCCUUCGUUGCAAAUCAGUGAUUAUUCUGACGCUAUUACGUUCGCACAAUCUCUGCCAGAGAUUGAUGCGGCUAAGAUUGCUAUCUGGGGCAGUUCGUACAGCGGAGGCCACGUUCUCACUGUUGGUGCCGUUGACCGUCGAGUUAAAGCUGUAAUCAGUCAGGUGCCUUUGACCAGUGGAUGGGAUAACUUCCAUCGCUUAAACAGAGCCGACUUGAUCCCCAGGCUGAAUAAAUUAUUUGAAGAUGAUCGGCAUGCCCGCGCCAGAGGGGCCGAGCCGGCUCGUGUGCCCGUUGUGGACAAGGAUCCUCACGCAUUUUGUGUACUUCCUUCGGAGGAUAGCUAUGCCGGGUACGGACCAGCAAUCCCGCUAGGAUGGAAAAACGAUGUGACUCUUAGGAGCCUCGAGGCAUUUCGCGCAUACGAACCUUCAGCCUUUAUCGAUCGCAUCUCACCCACUCCAUUGUUGAUGGUCGUGAUGAACAACGACGUCGUUACUCCUUCGGACCUUGCGCUUGGCGCGUUCGCACGGGCGAAAGAGCCGAAGCAGUUGCACGUAAUCCCAGGAGGGCAUUUUGAGCCAUAUGACGGGCCUCUGUUCGACAAAAAUGCUCCGGUGCAGGUCGAGUUUCUCAAACAUCAUCUUUUGAAGUAG